AUGGACUGAAAAUUGUUACAUUCAAGAACGAACGUGUACCAGACGAUAGAAGCAGAUAGAAGUGAAUUAGAAAUUCUAGAUAAAUGACAGUUGCCUGUGCAGUUAUCGAUUUAUUUUGGUCAUUUUUAAUAGCUGUUAUCCAUUUCUGCCAAUAAUCUGUUUUAUAAUUCUUAAAACUGGAAGAAAGUUGAAAAAAAGUUAAAUUGAGAUCCUUUGGACAUAUUGUUUUUCGUCCUCGAUACAUAUCUGAUUAACUUUCAUUACUUUUACAAAAGCAGUUAUGGCUCAACAAGAGGAGUUUCGCAAGUAUUUAGAGAGAUCUGGUGUCAUGGAUGCUCUUACACGGAUACUUGUCAAGCUCUACGAAGAAUCUGAGAAGCCAACUGAUGCUUUAGACUAUAUACGUAAAACUCUUGGUGAUAUCGUGGAAGAUAGUAAUACGGUAGAGAUUGAUAGCUUAAAGAAAGAAUUGAAGGAAUCUAAAGCUCAAAUUGCUGAAUUGAAAGCAAAAUUAUCCAAGUAUGAACAAAAGGAAGCAACGACUGAAUAACUAUGGACAACAUAUCUUUGACCAGAGUUCAUGCUAGUCUUUUUUUUUUUUUUUGGACACUGACUUUUCUAGUCAGUCUAUGUGCCUUAUUAAUAUACGAUGUUAAAAAAAAAACAAGUUAGAAUAUAAGAUAAAUUACUAAACUUCUGUGUAAACAUUCCAUCAUUUACAUGUGAUCAUUCAUUCAUGUACUUUUAUUUUAAGAAAAUGAUUUAACUGUGUUACCUUUCUAAAUAGAAUUUAUUUUCUAAGGACAAAUUUAUCAAGUAUAUGACAUAGUACUUAAUGUCAAGUAUUUUGUACAGAACAGAUCUCAUGCUCAAAUAAAUAUUUCUUUUACGUUUA